GAUCCUGGGCUCGGUCCGCUCUGCCGCCCAGCUCCGAGGGCAGGAGCCGGAGGGACCCAAGGGGCGGCGUCGUGGCGCCUGCGGGCUGCCCUCUUGCCCGGCUUCGCUCCUCCGAGGAGGGGAAAGGCCGGGUCGAGCGGGGCCCGCGGCGGGGCGAGCGGCUCCCGGCCAGGGCUGCGUUGCAGGCUUCGUUUCGGAGCCUGGGAUUCGGUGAAACCCUGGACGUCCCUUCCAGCCCGACUUCCCUGUGCUCCUGCGAGUACCGUGGCAGGACUUCUCAAGCGCUCCGAUUUUUCAUCUGUUGAUUACUGGGAACCGUGGAGAUUUGUGGCUUCAGCCAGGAACUGGGUUGCAAGCAGCUGCCUGCCAUGGCAAAAGGUUGCAAACUCCUUGCCUAAGAGAGAGUUCAGGAGAUCAGGCUAUGAUGGAAGGACUGUUCAGAGAUGGAGAAAGGACAAAAUAUGUGGAACCAGGAGUUUGGUGAGGUCCUUUGGAACAAAUAUGGAGAAGCAGGAAGGAAUAAGGGUUGCCAACAAAUUAGAUAUUGCCUGUUCUUGAAAGCUGCAGGAGUUGGGGACCUACUGCUUUUAAAAUGUCAGCACUCAGCAGCGAUUGCCCACACUUGGAAUCAGUUGGUGAAAUAACAAAAGAAGAAUUGAUACAAAAAUCUCAUGGCACUUGUCAAGACUGUAAAGUCAGAGGACCAAAUCUUUGGGCAUGCUUAGAGAAUAGAUGUUCGUAUGUUGGCUGUGGUGAAUCCCAUGUAGAUCACAGUACCAUCCAUUCUCAGGACACACAGCACUGCCUAACAGUCAACCUUACUACCCUCCGUGUCUGGUGUUAUGCAUGUAGCAAAGAAGUAUUUCUGGAUAGAAAAUUACGAACUCGUUCUCCAUUACCAAAUGCAAGGUUAUCUCACCAAGCACAAGAAAAUAGUGUGCAGGAUUUUAAAAUACCUGGUAAUCCAACACUGAAGAUUCCUCUAGUUGCUGUAUUUGAUGACUUGGAUAUCGAGGUGGAAGAAGAUGAACUGAGGACAAGAGGUCUUACUGGUUUGAAAAAUAUAGGAAACACUUGUUACAUGAAUGCAGCUUUGCAGGCUCUUUCCAAUUGUCCGCCUUUGACACAGUUUUUUCUCGACUGUGGCGCCUUAGCUCGAACGGAUAAAAAACCAGCAAUUUGUAAAAGUUACCUCAAGCUGAUGACAGAACUUUGGCACAAAAGCAGACCUGGUUCCAUUGUUCCUACAAAUUUGUUUCAAGGAAUUAAAACCGUAAAUCCAACAUUUCGAGGCUACUCCCAACAGGAUGCACAAGAAUUUCUGCGUUGUUUAAUGGAUCUGCUUCAUGAAGAGCUAAAGGAACCAGUCAUGGAAAUAGAAGAUGUCCACCCUACAAGUGUAGAAGAAAAUAUGGAAGAAGACAAAAGCCAGUCAGAUCUGGAUUUCCAGUCUUGUGAAUCUUGUAAUAGCAGUGAUAAGGCAGAAAAUGAAGCCAGUUAUAAACCCCUCAUGGAAGACCCUGCAGAGUCUGCUAUGUUAAUUCAGGAUGAUGAAAACCACUCUCUCGUAUGCAAAGAUUGGCAGAAGGAAAAAAUUCUCUGUAAUAAGCUUAACCGAACAAAUUCUAUGGAAGUCUUAGAGAAAGACAUGCACAGUACUUCAGAAACUGCUGAAUUUUUAAACAACCAAGGAACAGUUAAAGUACAAAUACACAGCAGACUUUCAGACUAUGCCUCUGGUGAUGUCCACACAAAUGAUCUGUCUGCAGCACAAAGUCCUCCAAAAUCAGUCUCAUCAUGGUCCCCAUUGGCACCAUCCCACAAAGUUCCAGGUAUGUCUUCUCCAAAAAAGAAGAAGCAGAAGCGAUACAGGAGUAUUAUAUCUGACAUAUUUGAUGGGACCAUCAUAAGCUCAGUGCAGUGCCUGACUUGUGAUCGGGUGUCUGUAACUCUGGAGACUUUUCAGGAUUUGUCUUUGCCUAUUCCAGGCAAGGAAGAUCUUGCUAAACUGCAUUCUGCAAGCCAUCAGACUUCUCUGGUCAAAGCAGGGUCAUGUGGAGAAGCAUAUGCCCCACAGGGGUGGAUAGCAUUUUUCAUGGAGUACAUUAAAAGCUGGUUUUGGGGUCCAGUUGUAACCUUGCAAGAUUGUCUUGCUGCCUUUUUUGCCAGAGAUGAGCUCAAGGGUGAUAAUAUGUACAGCUGUGAAAAGUGUAAAAAGUUAAGAAAUGGAGUGAAAUUCUGCAAAGUGCAAACAUUUCCUGAGAUACUAUGCAUUCAUCUCAAAAGGUUUAGACAUGAGCUAAUGUUUUCCACGAAAAUUGGUACCCAUGUAUCAUUUCCUCUGGAAGGACUUGAUCUUCAGCCUUUCCUUGCCAAAGACAGUCCCACUCAAGUAGUGACCUACGAUCUCUUGUCUGUCAUCUGCCACCAUGGAACUGCAAGCAGUGGGCAUUACAUAGCUUAUUGCCGAAACAAUUUAAAUAAUCUCUGGUAUGAAUUUGAUGACCAGAGUGUUACAGAAGUAACAGAAUCUACAGUACAAAAUGCCGAAGCUUAUGUUCUCUUUUACAGAAAAAGCAGUGAAGAAGCACAGAGAGAGAGACGGAGAAUAUCAAGUCUGUUGAAUAUGAUGGAACCAAGUCUUCUGCAGUUCUACAUUUCUAGACAGUGGCUGAAUAAAUUCAAGACCUUUGCAGAGCCAGGACCCAUUUCAAAUCAUGAUUUCCUCUGUGUGCAUGGAGGUGUCCCUCCACGUAAAGCUACCUUUAUAGAGAACCUGGUACUAAUGCUACCUCAGAACAUAUGGGAUAACCUGUACAGCAGGUAUGGAGGAGGACCAGCUGUUAACCAUCUGUAUAUUUGUCAUACCUGCCAAAUAGAGGCUGAGAAAAUUGAGAAAAGACGGAAGACUGAAUUAGAAAUGUUUGUUCGGCUCUAUAGAGCAUUCCAAGAAGAAGAAUCUCCAUCUACUUUUUACUGCAUCAGUAUGCAGUGGUUCAGAGAGUGGGAAGGAUUUGUGAAGGGCAAAGAUAGUGAUCCUCCAGGUCCUGUUGAUAACACCAAGAUUGCAGUUACUAAGUGUGGAAAUGUUACACUUAAACAAGGAGCCGAUUCUGGGCAGAUUUCUGAGGAAACAUGGAAUUUUCUGCAGACAAUCUAUGGGGGAGGACCAGAGGUUAUACUUCGACCACCUGUGGCACCAGUAGAACCUGACAUUUUGCAAACAGAAGAGAAGAUUGAAUUAGAGACUCGUGGUCUGUAGCCUUCAGCAUGAAGAUGAAUUUGUAAGGGAUGCAGUAUCCUUUCUGCUUGCCCAAAAUACAUUCCAGAACAUUUUUGUGUUUUAUGUUUUCUGUCUAGAAAAGGGGCAGCUCCAUUGGGCAUUAUGUUAUUUAGGGAAGAAUGAGUUGAAAUUUGUAAUAUAAAUUGUUAAAAGAAAUGUACUUUGAAACUGUUCAAACAGACUAUUUCUCUAAAGUUUUGGAAGGCAUAUGGCAUGUAUAUUUUGGAGUGUUUGGUCAAUGGAAAAUAUGUUAAUGCUCAACUUUUUGUUAAGUGUUAUACUUACGACAUUCUUCCGACUUGGAAAACUGAAAUGAAGGAUUUUUAAAAAUGCUUUUAAAUAACCCUAUAAUUCCUGAUGAGAGAUUUCUGAUAUUUACAAAAUGCAGUGUGUUUUAGUUAUAUAGUUUUGACAAGACAAGUUUUAAAAAAAAAAAGGGGGAGGCAUAUUUUAAAUGGAUCACAAGUUAAAAUGGAGAAAAAGGAUACUAACUUCCUAAAUACUCAGGAAAAAAUAGGUGUCACUUUUUUUUGCACUGCAGGGUAUAAUAUGAGUAGCAUAAAACUUCCAAAUGCUUUUCUUAUCUGAAUGUAUCAAAUAUUAGCCUAGAUGAAAUUUGUUUUGGUUGAUCAGCAAGUGUCAUAAUUUAUUGCCUACUAAAAUAUAACUUAUAAUAAGGCUGCUGUACAUGAGCCUGGCUAAUAUUUCCAGUAGUAUCAGUGAUGAAAAAAACUUAAUCUUUACAAUAACUCAUUUGAGAGCAUGAAGUGUGGAAUGUAAAUGAUUGUAGAGAUGAGACCAAUGCACACUUGAGAAAUUAAAUUGUCUAGUCUUUUUUAAUUAAAUGCAUAAACAGUUCCUUCUGAGGGAUUUUGUUACAUAGUUUCCAAACACUCGUUGGCAUGACAACUUGUGAUAUCAGAAGAUGGAUAAAAUAUAUUUCAAAACCUUGCUAGAUGACUUAGCUUGAUGCUGAAUGGCACUCUAUCCUUUUUAUUUUUUUGGUCCUGCUUAGUAUUGCUACCAGCUAAGCAACAUAAUUCAAAGCUGGUUCAAUAAAAAUGACCUUGAAAACUGAAAACUUUCUCUUGUGAGUUGAAUUGAUUUCUUAAGGGAAAUGUGAACAUUUGUCAAGUAAUGCUGUAGUACAGAUCUUGCAUGUCUAUCAAGUAUUCUUUGAAGGUUCUCCAUUUUAAGGAAAUUUUGUUUCCAGGUCAGAAGAUGCAGCCACCUCUCUCUCUGGCUCACUGCUGAGAAAAUGCUGCUUUAAGGUGUUGGGAAGGCACUCUGUUUUUUACAGCUGUCCUGUCCAUCUUACAGCUGUCCUGACUUUCACUGAUGAUUGAAUUUGUGACAGGGGAAUUAGAAUGCUUCACUGUGGUGGCCUAAGUAAAUUCUGCUUACCUACAAUAUUUCUAUAUUUAGAUAAUGUUUUUCUUUCUUCUGACCUGAAGUAAAGUUUAGUUUUGCUAUAUGUGCAGUUCAGUUGUGGUUCCAUUUCAGUGCUGGCUAAAAUAAACCCUAUGAAUCAUGCAAUUUUAUUUUAUAUAGAUAAAAUGCCAUAUUCACUUGAAUCCAAAACAAGGUUUUUUCCCAUUCAGUAUGGUGGGGUAGGGGUAGAAAGUGCCUGUGGCUGUGGUUCUGAUUCUGACCCUGUGCUCUGUAUCAGAGUUGGAGCCACAGCUGCUGCUCCCCCACCCCACUUCCCCCAGCCUCUGCUCCUCCCUCCCUCCUCUGCUCCCUUUCACCUCCUUCUCCCCCAACUCCCUCUACCCUACCACUGCUGCUUACCCUGCUACUUUUGUCAUGCAAUGGUGGUGGCAGCAGCAGCUUCAUCUUUGACCUGGGGCUGGGGCACAGCUGCCACUGUCACAGCCACUGCUACCUGGCUGGGUGGGAACUGGAGUCGGUAUGUACACUAUGCCCUGGGCCAGAGUUAAAGCUGUGAUGGGAGGGUAAGGGGUAGGGAGCAGGUGGUGUUGGAGGCAGCCAGCUGGGGUUGGGGAGGGAGGACAGGUGCCAGGGAUGCAGACAGUAUGGGGCAUGGAGCAGGCACCAGGGAGUGCAGGCAGUGGAACAGGUGGGAGAGGGGAAAGUGGUUGAUGGGGGUACAGAGUGGAACAGGUGGGAGAGGGGAAUGUGGUUGAUGGGGGUACAUAGGCAGUGCAGGAGGGGAGGGGGAAGGGGCAGGUGGCAGGGACCAAGGAGCAAGAGGGCGCAGGAACCACAGGAGGAGCACACACAGGGUGUGCAGGCACCAAGGGGAACAUGUGGCAAGGGCAGGAGUUAGGUCACUUUUGUCCUUGGCUGGAGUCAUGGAGGAGGGGAUUUAAGACAAACCUCCAAAAUCAAAUUAUAAACCUGGAAAAUUAUAACAUAUUUAUAAUUUAAAUAUUUUCCAUGUCUAGAACCUUAUUAUUGGGAGGUCAUCUUAGAUUUGAAAUUAUCUUGGAUUCAGAUAAAUAUGAUGUAUAGGAAUUAAUAAAGCAUUUUAAAAUUCUUUGGAAUUAAACAUGUAGAAAAGUAAAGUCCUGGUGAUGUGCUUAAAAAAACCACUCCUAAAACGUGCAAAGUAUUUGUUCAUGUUGCUAAAACAUGAUUUAAAAGAUUCAGCACCAGAUUUUGAAUUGCCAUUGUAGCAAUGCUAAGAGAUCACUUUGCAGAACCCUCAUUAACUCCCAGGCAGUUGUUAGAGAUUUUUCUGGAAUCAGAGUAGAUUGUACUGCCUUGCAGCUUCAGUUUGAUCGAUAAUUACAUGCUUUGUUGGAUUUCUGUUCUGCACCUGUCUCUCUCUUCUUGUCACUUCCUACAGAAAAAAAAAAACUUCUGAGAGAGUCAACUGGGGAGGUAGAUUGAAGGAGUUCUGUUUUGAGUGUGUUCAUUGUAGUUUUGGUGAUGCCAAGUAGUUAAAUGCCAGGUAGUUAAAUGUAGUUAAACAUUUUAUGUCAUUUUCACCCUCAAAAUAAAGUUGUCUUACAUUUCAGGCACAGUUGGACAGGUGAUAGCUUGAGGAUGGGAAACUCCUUUCUAACAGUUAAUACAAGCUACAAAGAAGUCCUAGUUUUUUUUAAUCCUCCUCAAAACUAAGGCAUUCUGGCCAAGGAAGCAGGGUGUGGUUGCUCUUUAUAUGCAUUUUACCUUUUUAUUCUCUGAAAUCUAUUGCUUUAUUUUGCUAAUUAUAUUGAGGUUAUUCAAAUUUCUACACAGAUUUUAUAGCUUAUUAUUCCAACCAAAUCCACAUCCCUAUGCUCCCAUUACAGACAACCAAAUUUCUAUGAUUUUUAUUUAAUAAAUUAGCCUUAGAAUACACCUUUGUCUGUUCUGCCCAAUUUAAAUCAUUAUUGUAGUGAAUAUGACUGUGACCUGCCAUGAUAUAAGAGUUACCUGUCCUUCCUGGUCAGGUGUGCUUCAAGGGCAGUAUGAGUUCAGGGAGAACACACUUAAGGGGAGACCUCAGCUUGGGCUGUCUGAUGUACCCAGGAAAAGAGCGUAGGCAACCUAGGACAGAACAGCAGCAGCAUCGCAGGGUUGUAGGGGUAAGACCCAAACACAUAGGUCCCAAUCAGAGUGAGGCAGUCAUGUGAUGUCUUGACUUCAGUAAGGCUCUUGAUACUGUCCUGCAUGACAUUUUUAUAUGAAUUAGGGAAAUAUGGUGUCAGGUCAGCAACCUACAGCUCUGAGCCAUCUAUGAUUUGAUCCAGCCCAUGGGGCUGGGAUGGAGUUUGGUAGCAUUUUUGCAGUGAGGGACUUUGCCCAUUUGGUGGCAGCACAGACAGGGCAAGCAAGGGUGGUGGCAGCAGCACAAGCUGGGUUAAAAGCAGCCCACCCUUGGAGUUAAACUCCAUUAAAGCACUCCUGCCCCCAUAUCCUGGGGGGUACACAGCGCUUUACUAAGGAAUAUGUGCUUAAAUAUGAAUAAUGAUUGACCAGUGACAUUGCCACAUGUUGACCUUGAUAUAAGGCCAAAAAAGUUUGAAAACCACUGCUCUAGAUGGUAGCAUGACUAGAGGUGGGCAAUGGGGCACAAGCUCUGGGCACCGUUUUAGAGCUGGGGGGGCAAGUGGCAAUAAUGGCAGCUGCUGCCACUGCCACCGUUCCUACGCAGGGAACAAAACUUCCUAGUUAUACCUCUGGAUGCACAGUUGGCUGUGGACAAGGUAGGGGGAGCACACUGAAUACUUACCAGUAUUUCAUUGUCAAACUGGGAUUAUACUUCAAGGUGGGCCCCACAGGGAUCUAGCUUGGCUUAUUCAGUAUUUUUGUUAAUAACUUUGAUGGUGGAAGAGAGAAUAUGCUUAUAAAAUUCAUAGAUUGCACUAGGCUGGGAAGGGCUGCAAGUACCCUACAAGACGGGAUCAGAAUUAAGAAUGAUUUUUUGUUGGAUAGAGAAUCUAAAACUCAAGACAAAAUUCAAUAAAAUGAAAAGUGCUACACUUGAGAAAUACAUAGAAACAAUAGGGGAAAUAAGUGGCUGAGCAGCAGCAUAGUAGAAUAAUAGGUCAUAGAUUGAAUUUGAAUCAAUGCAAUUCUGUUGUACAGAAAGCAAAUCACCUCCUUUGGAUGUAUUAAUAGAAGUGAUGCAUAUAAGACACAGGAGGCAAUUAUUCUGCUCUACUUAACGCUGGUGAAGUAUCAGAUGCUGUGUUUUGGGCACAGCAGAUCGAGAGAGGUAGACAAAUUGAGGAGAGUCUAGGGAAGGGCAGCAAGAAUGAUAGGUUUACAAAGUGUGACCUUUGAGAAAAGUUAGGAAGCACUGGAUUUGUUUAGUCUAGAAAAAGGGAAGACUGAAAUGAGAUGAAACUGUCUUCCAGUAUGCAGAAGCUUGUAUAGAGAUGGUGAUCAGUUUUGUUCUCCCUGUAUGGAGAGACUGGCUUAAUUUGUAGCAGAUGGGAUUUAGGCUGGAUGUUCACUCAUUUUAAGGGUAGCAAAACCCUGAUAAGUAGAUGUUGGAGAUUUUUAAGAACAAGUUAAACAAGCAGCUGUUGCUGAUUGACCAGAUGUGCUUUAGUCUGCCUCAGUGCCAGGGGCUGGGCUUAGAUUAUUUUUUAAGGAUCCUUUCAGUCCUACCUCAUUUCUGGCAGGAGUCUGCCUGCACACACAGACAUUAUCAGGAGUGACUCUGGGAAAUGGAAAAUCAGAGCAAUUGGGGAGCUUAAGUGUGAACAACCCAUAUUAUAGGUAACAAGGCAAAAAUGGAGGGAGGUCAUCUCAGUACCGUCGCCUUGAGAAAACACCAAGGGAGGAGUUAAGGAACUGGGUUGGGAAGCCCAGGAAAGCAAGCAAAGGGGUUCUAGAAAAAUCACUUGGAUUCUGUUCCCCCUAAUGGCCGGGGGAGGACUUCAAUUUUUGCCCAGAGGUUUAAACACCCUCCUUACAUACAAGUUCACAGAAGUCCAUCAGAAAGGGAAAUAGGAAAUAAAUUUGUUGUGAUGCCAGAUCAGGUAAGCUGCUGUUUCAAACUGGACCUGGGGUGAGUGAGAUCCUGAACUACUAGGAUUAGGCCCUAGAAAAUAAGUAGUUCUCGCUGAAGGAAAAUGCAGUGGAAAAAUAAGAGGGGAGGAGGGAAGGUUUUUAAUCCCCUAAAGUUUAAACAUUGAUCCAAAUUCAGAUCUUUGUAGGGAAUGUGGUUAACUGGGGAGUGACCUUUGGGCAGUAGGGGUGGUAGGAAGGAGUGGUUAUGAAAAUUGGAUUCAUAAUACAAAAGUCACUUGGCUGUGCUGGGCGGGGAGGUAUCAGGAUUCAAAUUAUGCAAACGCGCGCACACACACACACUCUCUCUCUCUCUCUCUCUCUCUCUGGGAUGAAGGAUCCAUAUCUAUAAUUUUCUUUAAAAAAAACAAUGGGCUUGAAGAAGCUUCAGGAGAUUGAAAUUAAACGAACUGCUAUCAAAAUAAGACAUUUUCGGAAAAAUAAGACAUUUCAGAGAGAAGACCUAAUUAGUCCUUGGUUUAACAAAGCGAGUCAACAAAGCUCCUAUUGACCUCGGUGUAAGCAAAAAUCAUAGUUAAUUUAGUAGGGAUCUUUUUUCUGUCCCCCCAAAACUGAAUGUGCAAUGAAACAAAUCACUGGGACAGUUAUAUUUGCUAGUAGCUCCUUGUUCUACAGGAGUAGUUCAGAAGGCUGUCUAUCCAAAUACUGUCCAAACUAGCCUCCAAAAGGCAAAAGGGGUGUUUGAUAAAUGUUGCAUCUAGAACAGACUUUUUAAAAUUGUUAGUAGCAUUCAUAAAAUUCUCUGUACCAGUACCAUGCCUCUUGUUCAGCUGAAUAUUAUUGUCUUCUCUUAAUUGCCUUAACCUUCUUAAUGACAAGUUUUUAAUUUUGUGCUGGAAAUGUUUGUUGUUGUGGAGGAAAAUUUGUAAUAAAAGCAAUCAUCCACUGAAAGGUUGCACCCUCAGCUUCUAGACAGUAAACCUUAAAAGCAUUCAGUCAUUGCAACAUGCUAGUUAAAAAACACAAAAACUCCACAGCAUAGCUACAGCUUCCAGUUGAUGAGAACUAGUCACGCACAAUGUAAAUAAAGUGAUCAGGAAAUGCCAAGAUGGGUCACUAUGAAAGAAAUGGAUGAAUAUUUAUACUUCUUGCAUUCAAAUGUAAAAAAGUGUUGCAGAUCAGGACUCUGGGCUUUGACUUAGUUGUUUCCAAAAUGUAAAUUUUUUGGUAUACAACUUUGUGUUUAGAACUAGAAAUCAGAUGGAUUGGUAAGAACAGUCUGAAUAGGAAUGUUUUUACAGAGCUAUUAUUUUAGUGAUGGAUGUAUAGAAUGCAUAUACUAAUAAAAAGUGAGACCUUGAGAAAAUAAUUUUUUCUACAGCAUCCAGUUGGUGUGUGGGGUACUCCUUGCUGCCCUUCAGAAUAAAUUACAGUCCCUUUCAUGGCUUGCAUUAAGCCACAUACAAACUUUCUUAAUUGAAAUGUGCCCCCCAAUGUUAGCUGUGACACUUGUUUGGGCUGUUCCACUCAGUCCUAUCACUGGGAAGCAGUUUGGUAGACAUUCCCUUCCCCUGUAGCCUCAGGAGCAGAUUAAUAAGAGCCCUGAACAGCUAGUGCAGCUGCUCACUUGCUCUCCUCUGUCUGCUGGCUGCACUGCACAGGAAGAGGGAAAGUUGUUAGGCUUGCUUCUUUGUCUGGGUCCCUGUCAGGGGUAAGAGCUGGACUGCAGCUUGAUUGGCUCUGCUGCCUGAAAGCAGGAGGUACCAGCCCUACAUCUUCUGGGUGGUGACCUGUGAGACCCCUUUGUACCACCUCAUUCACAGAGAAAGCCCCAAGGCGCUAAUUGUGCCCCCCACGAUAUUCUAAAAGUGUAUCUAGGCUUCUGACAAAGCCAGUAUAUUGUAAUGUAUACCAAAACAAGAAUCAUGCACUAAAAAUGUAACCCAGAUGAACCCCUCUUUUAAAUGUUCAGAGGCUAGCUCCUGUUAUGUGUAUAUUUAUGAAUUUUAUUUAUUUAAAAAUUCCAUCAUCAAAUGACCACUUAAGUUACAAAGAUUCCUGUGAGAGCAUCAGCUUCUUGAUACAGAAGCAACUAUGGAUCCGUCUUUCUGAUAAACCUCAAACCUUCCACCAAAGACUUACAGCACAAAGAAGUACAUACAACUCAUUGCACUCUGUCCAGAAAGGCUCAACUGGGAGAAAAGCCAAGUGACAUUUGGUAAUGCUGCAGUUUGUUGAAUACAUUUAUUUUGGGAAAUUGAGAUGAAAUACCCUAGAAAUAUGAUCUUGAAUACUAAAGCUGAAUAACCCCUCUGCUACCAGACAAGCUGCAGCAUCAUAAGUAUUGUACCUAAGAUAAAACAUGACGCUCUAGGAGUUUUAAGGGGGUUUUGGGCCAUUCCAAAAAAGAAAAGCAGCUGUGUGUGUGCAAAUAUUAUCAAUUGGUACCUGUAUCUGAGUGAGUGAACAGAUUUAGAGAGCUCAUCCGGAAGAAUACACUUGGAAAUGUAAUCACUUUGGAAAUCUUGGAAAUGUAUUAACUAUUUUAAUUUGCAUGUAUUUAGUGUCUAUGUGAAAGGAAUAUUAUGUCUUAGAAAAAUAAAUCCA